AUGAGAAGGGAUAAGGAAAGAGAGAAUUUGCAGAAGAAGCAAUAUCAGGAUUCAAUAUCAGUCCUGGAAAGGAAAGAUGCAGCUGGGGAAAGGAUGACAGUGGACCACCUUGCUAUGAUCUGCACCUUGGCUGUCAAGGAGUCUUUAGCCAAUGUAUUUGGGGACAAGUUUGAUUGUUUUGCGAGGAACUUUGAGAAAUCAUUUCGGAGCACCUUGAUGACUCUUAGAUUAAUCCAUGAGACUUCUCAAAACAAUGGAGAAGAAAACCAUAAACAUUUACAGGAAGAAAGUCAUUUUUCAACAUCUAUGCAACCAGUGUCUUCCAGCAUAGAAGGAGACCUUAGUUGCAAUUCCAAUGUAAAAGAUUGCGAGUCCGAAGCGGUGCCUCGCUAUAUCAUGAGUCAUGAACGGCUGAGCAGUCUUGAAGGGACAGAAGCGCACAUGCAGGCCAAUCCAAUAAACCUGCAGCUUGCCCUGCAUGAUGGACACCUAAACCAACAGUUGGCUUGUGUUCCUUCAAGCACAGUGCAUUCUGUUAUUAACCAAACCAUGCUCUCAACUUAUGAAAAAUCUAUCAUGGAGCAAGCUCGUACUAAUGAUCUCAAGACAAUUGAGAUUGGUCUUACCAUUAAAAAGUUGCGAUUGAAAGAAACACAGCUGGCUUUGGACUCUGAUCUCAAUUUUUUGGAGAGGUGCAAAUUAUCAAUGGGUAUUUCUAAGGUGUCCUUUAAAGCCGACAAAUUCAGAAAUGAAUUAGAAGUCACUAGGCAUGCUGAGCUGCUUAAAACGUGUAUCGACAGUCUUGUUGCUGGGAUGCUUAUAAUGUUGGCCUGCCUUGGAUAUGGGGUUUAUGUUUAUUCUCACAAACGGAUUACUGAAGCUACUGCAUCCUGUAUACCUAGCAAGGAGUCCCAGUCUUGGUGGAUGCCAAAGCCAAUGUCAUCUUUUAAUUCGGGUCUGCAGAUUUUAAGGUGUCAGGUUCAAGCUGUGAGUCGUAUGUUGUUUGGUGUGUUCAUGAUCCUGGCUAUCAGUUACCUGCUUCUCCGGCGGUCUGCAACUUCAACACAGAUGAUGCCAGUUACGUUAAUUCUGUUGCUAUUAGGAAUUGCAUGUGGCUUUGCGGGAAAACUCUGCAUCGACACAUUGGGGGGCAGUGGAUACCACUGGCUCUUUUAUUGGGAAGCUUUAUGUUUAUUGCAUUUCUUUUCAAAUAUGUGUACCUCAGCAUUGUUUCUUGUUCUCCAUGGACCCAUCAAUGUGUCUGAAAGGGCAAAAGGCAGUGCAGUAUUUCCAUACUGGCUUAGGCGGGUCAUGUUCUACACCACUCUUCUUCUGUUUCUGCCUUUAUUAUGCGGUUUCAUGCCUUUUGCAAGCCCAGGAGAAUGGAAAAAUCACUUCUCUUUGCUUGUCAUGGAUCUCCUGCCAAUCACAGUUGAUUGAUACUGGACGUUGGAAUGCUGGGAGGGACCUUCACUGCACUGUGGAUCAAGUGAUGGUUAUAAUAUCGACUACUAUGUUGUGUAUUAUGGUGUGUAAUUUAUGUUAAGCUAUCUGAUUUGUUGGGCAGAUACAAGUGUGCCGGCUAUUGCUCGGGUCAAAUGUAUUUAUAUUAUCAAUCUGUUUCCAUUUCUUCAUUUGCUUCCAGUGGAGCUUAUAAAUUUUCAGUUAGCGCCCAAGUCAUAAUCUAUUUUGUAACAUUAUCUUGUACACCAAGACGAAAGUCAGUUGUCGUAGGUUAUAAGUAACAUAUUUUGUACUUCCUAUAAUGUGAGAGUGUUUAUGACUUGUGUUGAGAAGUUUUUGACUCAUGUCAUUUGUUCGGUAAUGCGUCAUGGGUAAUGAUUUUUUGAUAUUGCGUUGUGAUUUACUGAUUGCGAAAAAAAUUGUGUUUGG